GAUAUGGUGUGGCAGAUAUUAAAAGGACCUGAAUGAAUGCAAGCCUUCACAGACAAACAGGAAGGGAAAAGAGACAGGCAGACAGAGAGAAAGAGACUGGUGGGAGGAUGGAUGUAGAAACAAGGACAGACAGGCAGACAUGUAAGUUAACAGACAGUUACUGACAAGCAGACAUGCCAAAUGGUAGUUGAUAGACAUCAAUCCAGAACAUUUUGACAGUGAAUAUCACAGUUGGAGUGAGAAAUUUCAAGAAGAUGACAGAGCAUAUAGGGGAUGCUUUGAUUCUCCCUCUUAUACACUUGUCGUUGUCAUCUUUCUGGCACUCGUAGCUGUGUGGAGACUCUUGUAUUGGAAGAAAUGAAGCAGAGCACACAGCAGCUAGGACCUGAGGCAAGUCCGGCACGUAUCUCCCACACAGCAAACAAACCAGUUAAAUGACAACAGUACCCCGUUCAACAAGUCAGCAAAAUCAAUCUGUUUUACUUUCUAAAUGGAGGCAGAACUGUGAAUGAGUCCGGUGUGGAAUAGGAGAUAUUCUGAAUGACUCUGGCAUGGCUAAGAGCGAUACUGAAUGGCUCUGGUGUGGAAUAACAAUUAUUCGGAACAACUCUGCUUUUCUGGAUGGCGACAGCACAAAAUGAGGAUAGAGACUUAGAAGAAGAGAAACGAAAGAGGGAGAUGAGAGGUAGAAAUCAAUAUUAGACAGAGAAUGCAGGCAGGGGAUAAGAAUGAAAGUGUAAUAGUAGCAAAGAAAGAGAGGGAGGAAUAAAGUAACGGGAAGUUAGGUAAUGGUCUUCCACAGGAAAUGGAGUUUGUAGGGGCGGAUUGACUCUGCUUUGAAAUACAUAGAUAAAGGUCGCCACCGAGAGAGAGAGGGAGCGAGAGAGAGAGAGAGAAAGGGAGGGUUUCAGUAUGCGAGCAGAGAAGGAAUUCCCCCGCCUCUACUGCCCGGCCAAGAAGUAGUGUGUGCGUAUGUGUGUGUGUGAGAGAGAGAGAGUGUGUGUGAGAGGAGUGCAUGCAGAAAGGCUUGUCUGGGCAAAUUGCUUCUCACUUUCCAUACUGUGUUGUAAGUCGAAAUUGUGUUUACCCUACAAUAUGGCCUCCUGUUUUCAAUAUGUACCUGGUAUGGAUGCAGGCCUUGUGUAAUAGUUUCUGGAAUAAGGUGGGCAAGUGCAGAAGUCGCGCAACGAAGACAGGACAGGAUGAGAGAGAGAGGCCCCAGCAGAGGAGGAAAAUAGAGAGAAUAGAAAGGAGGGGGGAGAAGAAAAAAAAGGCAGAGCAAGAGAGGAACGCCAAAGAGAAUCUCUGGGAUAAAUAAAUAAAAAGACUUGUUUGGAGAAAAGGCAAGCUAGAUGAAAAGAUGAAGCCGAUAAAAAAGCAGGGCCGGCGGUCUCCUCCCUCCACCCGGGCCAAAGGGGGGAAGCGUCGCGGAGUGGGGGAUGCCCCAGAAGGAGGGGAGAAGAGAGACUCAGAUGAGAACAGAGACAGAAGCAGAUCCCCACAAAAUCGAACACCCUCCUCUUCUUUCUCUUCUAAUUCACACUCGGAGUCCUCCCAGGCAGACACAAUCAGAGCACGUGACACUUCAGAGGGGGAGGGGCUUCACAGAGAAGGGCUGUCAGACACGACAGUAUCACUUGUAAUGGAUUCUGGGAAAAUUUCGACAUCCUCGGAUGAUAGAUCAGGGAGGUCAGCUGUGAGCGGCAGCAGCCACAGUGACAGUGGUGGUAGCAGUUGUAGUAACAGUAGUACACCAAGCGCCAACAACAGCCCAAACCCCGCCUCAAGCCGGAAAACAGCCACCUUCAAGGCCCGCGUUCCCAAGAAGAAGUACACCUCUGAACACUGCUCGUCUACUACUGGUAACCAUAGCAACCCUUCCUCCAGCACGCCCCCUCCACUUCUUCUUAGUGGUGGGGUCAUCGACCAUGAGACAACGGGUUCAGGAAGUGACAUCUGUGUCUCACACCCUGAUGGCAACAAUCAGAGUCGGAGCCUGAUGGACAAUUUCCACAGUAGGACCACUGGCAGGGAUGGGCCUCAGGACGGCUCCCCAGGACCCCCUACCCUGUCGUUUGGAGGGGAGAGGGAAAGGCCUGGAAGAGGUGAAGGGGUGAGAGAUGCAGAGCGAAUGUCGCCCACCCCCCUGCCCCGCUGCUCCUCAACAGACACUGCCAGCGAGCACUCAGCUGACCUAGAGGUAGUCGGCGACACACACACCCUCACACAGAUGUCUACACACGCACCGCCCACUCUCCCUGAUGCACUGUCUGACGCCCUGGCCAAAGGGCUGAAGAAUCAGCGUGUCCUCGCCCGCCAGCUCAGGAGAAGUGACGAGGAGGGAGGAAGCGAAAGGGAUGAAGGGAGGAGUUCAGACUUGGUGUUCCGGGCUGGAGUGGUUCGUAAGGUCAGCGGUGAAUUUGGAAGCCUGGAGGUGCAACUGAAUGGGGAGAAGACGCUGUGCCGUUAUCCGUAUCAACAUGAUAGUCCCCCAGGGGUGGUGGACAUUAUCUUAGAUGCCCCGCCUCCUGGUGUCCAUCCAAUACCUAUUGGCACCCGUGUCUGUGUACCAUUUGGCAAUGAGGAGGGCAGCGAGGGCCAGUGGCAGUGGUACCGAGAAGGUGUGGUUACCCAGGUGGACACACACCCUGCAGUGGCCAACCGCUACCGUGUCCUGCUGUCUGAGGAAAGAUCUCACUCUGUUGACGAGGAAGAGGAUGGCAGAGGGGCAGCUAAUGCUACCCAGGCAGUGUGGGUCUCCCGACAAACACUCCGGCUUCUGGUGCCACCUUGGGACCUGGAUCUGCCGUCUGUAGGAGGACGAGAUGGAGAAGAGGGGGUGAGAGACAAGGAAAGGGAGCGGGAGGACAGGGAGGAGAUGGACGUGGAACAGGAGGUGUGUCGUUUGAGCCGGGGGAUGACACCCGGGGUGGGGUCAGUGUUGGGAAGAGGAAUGCCCUACCCAGGUAUGGUCCCUAUUUCCUCCACGUCGGGCCACAACAUUACCUCCCCAGUAACCCCAGUGUCAGUCCUCAGCCUUGCUCCUGGCCGAGAGUGGGAAAUUGAGAAAGACUUGGAGAGGGAGAGGGACCUCCAGAGAAAACAGGAUAGAGAGAGGGAAAGAGAGCGAGAAAGGGAGAACAGUGCAAUGCAGCAGCAGCAGCAACAGCAGCAACACCACCCGUAUAUGCCACUCACCCCCGAAGAAGACAUGGAGGUGUCCCACUUUAACAUGGUCCCAAUGGGGGCGAUCAUACCUGGGGUCAAACCAAUAGCAGUUCCCCAACACCGCCACAUUGUCUCUAAGCCCCCACCUGGCUACCUCAAUCCCCACCUGUCUGUGGUGCGGGGCAUCGGGAUCCCCCCUGCGCACCUGGCCUUGAACCCCCACCCCGCUCCUUCACCUGUCCUGUUAGGCCUUGACCCAGCAACCACAGCAGCUGCAGCAGCUGGUGCUGUCAUUACCACCCCCCAGCUCCCUCCUCUCCCUCCAAUCUCCUCUUCCACAGCGUCCUCCUCCAGAGUAGAGAAGGCCUCAGGAGGAGGGUCUUCCAGUGGAGGAGCAGGUGGUGGCAGUGGAUCCGGAUCAGGUUCGACCUCCUCCUCACGUUCCCGCACACCACUGACAGCUGCCCAACAAAAGUACAAGAAGGGAGAUGUGGUGUGCACGCCAACAGGCAUCCGUAAGAAGUUCAAUGGGAAGCAGUGGAGGAGACUGUGCUCCAGGGAGGGCUGCUCUAAAGAGUCCCAGCGCAGAGGAUACUGCUCAAGACACCUCUCAAUGAGGACCAAGGAGAUGGAAGCCAGUGGAGGCAGCCGGGAACGGGGUGGAGCCAGCAGCACAGGAACCCUGACGCCGUCUGAUCUCCGACUGAGCGGUGGGAGAGCCAGCUCUGAGUUUGACUGGGAUGAGACGUCACGGGAAAGCAGCGAGGCCAGCAGCCGUGGAGGAGACUCCCGCCCCCGCUUGGUCCUUCCCUCUCUGCUCCCUCAGGACCUCUCUCGUUUCGACUUUGAUGAGUGUGAGGCAGCGACCAUGCUGGUCUCCCUGGGGGGCUCCCGCUCAGGCACACCAUCAUUCUCCCCUAUUUCCAACCAGUCGCCCUUCUCCCCUACCCCAUCACCCUCACCCUCUCCGCUCUUUGGCUUUCGCCCUGCUAAUUUCAGCCCCAUUACUGCUCCUGCCUCACUUACUCCACGCCGCCCUCGGCAGCUUAGCGGCACUAAGAUGGGCACGCCAGGUGCUGAGCGAGAGCGCCACCUCUCGGGGAUUGUGCCCACUUUUCAGACCAACCUCACUUUCACAGUCCCCAUGAGCCCCAGCAAGAGGAAGCUCGACAACCAUCCGCCCCCUCCGCUGCCUGCAGUCCAGGACUACCAGACCAAACCUGAGCAACAGCAGCUGGUGGGCAUAGGGGGAGGGGUGGUGGGAGACCCAACCCUGGGCCACAGCCCUGCCGCCUUCAGAGUCCUCUCCCCCCAGAGUCAGCCCACAACCCCCUCCUCACUUUCCUUCCCCCGGCCCCGUAGCGCCACCAGCAGGCCACCAUCCUCCGCUGCCUCCACACCUCCACCCAUGCUGGUCUCUCCCACUCCUCCCUCCCCGCUGCCCCAGGAACCCUCCCCACGCCGCAUUGUGCCCCUCCGCGAUUCCCCAGUCAUUGUCCGCAACCCAGAUGUCCCCCUGGCCAAGUUCUCUGAUGGCCCGUUAGGAAGGAGAGAGAGAAGCCGGUCCAGAGAGCACAGCCAGCCCCAACACACAGCUCCCCCAGGCCUGCAGGUCCCCGUCCCCAUCAACGGGGCCACCACUAACGGUGCAGUUCUCCUGCGCAACCCUACAUCCACACUUGUCCUGGUCACCUCCAGCUCGUCCCUGACUCCAGCCACAGUGGGCCAUGCCGCCCUGUCCAUCCCAUCCACCCCCGGGUCGAUGCCCACUUCAUCAGGCUCAAUCCUGUCCUCCUCUAGUUCUGGAGGCAGGGAGAGGGAGAGGAAACCUGAGGGACACCAGGAUGCCUCUGAAGGGGCGCUACCACAGCCGGUAGCCUGUCACCCAACGCCGACUGCCCUGCUGCCACUGAUACUGCCAGCUGAGUCGCCUCACCCUGCUCCACGCAAGCAAAUCAUCAUGGGACGCCCAGGGACUGUUUGGACCAACGUGGAGCCUCGAUCGGUGCCAGUGUUCCCUUGGCAUUCACUUGUCCCUUUCCUGGAGCCCAGCCAAUCAGGAGUGGCUGCCCAGCCUGCUGAUGGCCAACAGCUUGUCAAUCAGAGCAAAGAGCCUCGUUGCGGUGUGGCCCUGGUGAGCGACGGGCCGUCCGGUCCUCCAGACCUAGACACGGGAUCACCGUCAUGCCCUCCCCCGACCAAUGACAAUCCUCCUAGAGACAGGGGCGGGGCUGACAGCGAGACAGAGAGUGAUACAGAUGACCCGUUCUCCCCGGGUGUGACCAACGAUCCGGCGCCCUCCACUGGCCCCAUGAAGAGACGCACGCAGUCCCUCAGCGCCCUGCCCAAGGAUGGAGACAGGAAGAGGGAGAAGGACCAUAUCCGCCGUCCCAUGAAUGCAUUCAUGAUCUUCAGUAAACGCCACCGGGCCCUGGUGCACCAGCGACACCCCAACCAGGACAACCGGACAGUCAGCAAGAUCCUGGGGGAGUGGUGGUACGCUCUGGGGCCCAACGAGAAGCAGCAGUACCACGAUCUGGCCUUCCAGGUGAAAGAGGCCCACUUCAGAGCCCACCCAGACUGGAAGUGGUGCAACAAGGACCGCAGGAAGUCGCUGUCAGAGGGCCGUGGGACAACAAAGGAGUCACGGGAGAGGAGCAUGUCAGAGAGCAUAGAUCCCCAUUCGGAGUCCCAGGUGCUGGAGGGGAAGGGAGGAAGCUCAGGCUGGCCAGGGGGAUCAGAGCGUCGAGGGGGGCUGUUUAUGGGGCAGCACCCCCGUCCCCGAGCCUUUUCCCAGAGUGCCGUGCACACCCUGGAGCAGAGGGAGAGAGAGGGAGACCUGGAGAAGGAGGAUGGGGCGAGUUUGUUUCGCCACCGGCCCCUGCCUCAGUCCCUGUACCAGGGUGGGGUCAGUGAGGACGUGACCAGUGACGAAGAGCGCAUGGUCAUCUGUGAGGAAGAGGGGGACGAUGAUGUCAUGGAGGAUUCCUGUCCUGAAGGCUCCAUUGACCUCAAGUGUAAAGAGAGAGUGACGGACAGUGAUGAGGACGAACCAGAUGGACAGCAUGGCUUCCAGCCAGUGGCUCGCUCCUCUCUCCCCUCUUCCUCUCCCUCCAUGCCUCACUCUGACUCCACCUCAGCUAAAGGGAAUGGAAGAGGAGGAGGAGGUGGUGAAGAGGGGUCUGAGAGGAAGAGAAAGAGAGGUACAGAUGAAGGAGAGGAGGGGAGCGAGGGAGGAUCCAAGAGAGACGAAACAGCAGCAAGUGGAGGAGAAGGAGGUGGAGGAGGUGGGCAGGGUGUCUCCUCUUUGUCCAUCGCAGGCUCAACAUCCAGCACCCAGGCUCCCCUCGCUUUGGCCCAGCAGGGUUUGACCCAGGUCCUUGGCGCCGCCCGCAUGGCUCCCACUAUGGUGACCAAUGUGGUACGACCCAUCGCCAGCACGCCCAUCCCCAUUGCCAGCAAGCCAGUGGAAGGAGCCGUCACCCUCAGCUCCCUGCCCCAGGACAAGAAAGCCACUCUCCUGAUUGGAGGAGGCGGACCUCAGCAACUACCAAUCACCGCAGGGGGUGGGUACCUGUCCUCAUCCUCCUCCCCCGGUCCAGUCAGUGUAACCCCUUUGGGGGGCAGCAGCCUGGUCACUAGCCUAGUUCUGGGAGGGUCCUUUCCCGCUGCCCAACCAGUACAGCUCCUCACCCCCCCGCAGCCACACGCACAAACCCCCCUACCUGUCCUCCAGCCGCAGCUCCACCCCACUGCCGCCACCUCCUCUCUCACACCUCCCACCGGCCCCAAGCCGCUAGCACAGGUCCACUACAUCCUGCCUACAGAGAGCCCCUCCUCCCCUCAACUCACCCACCAGCAAAUUCUCUCCCUGCCCACCAAUGCCGCUCUGGCCAAUGGCGUGCACUCGGGGGCAGGAAUCAGAGUUGCAUCAGUCAGCCCCGGGACCAGAGUCCAAACCCAGUCGCCUGUCUUGCAGAGCAAGAUGUUGGUUCCCAUGGCAACAGUGAGAACAGGGUCUACUCCUCCUCAUCCUUCCAUUUCCCUGGUCGCGCCGCCUCUUCCUGUGCAGAACGGCCCCGCGACAGGAAACAAGAUCAUCCAGAUCGCUCCCAUGCCUGUGGUCCAGACCAACGUUCACCCUAGCGGCGCAGCAGCAGUGCAUCCUGGGAGCCCCUUUCCUGUUUCCAUGGCAACGGUGAUGGCUCCCGGUGCCGCGCCCCCACAGACCGUUCUUCUGACCUCUCCGCCCACCAGGAUCACCUAUGUCCAGUCUAGCCCAGGAGUUACCACAGCAACGCCCCAACAGGCCACACCCGCUCCGUGUCCUGCAUAUCUCCCAUCAUCUCUGGCAACCCUGGGCUUCACCGCCAUUGCCCCGGCCGGGCAAACCCUGGUUCAGCCGCUCGUUGGUCAACCGCCAGUGUUAGCUCCAGCCCCGCCCCUGAGCUGUCAAUCACAGACCCCUCCAGGUCAGGCCUCAGGAACCACUGGUCGUCAGGUACUAACUGCCAUCUACCCUGCACCAACCAUUGCACUGGCUACUGGCGUGGUCUCUGUGACAACCAUGCCGCCCACAGUGGCUGCCCCAGCCCAGGACAUUAUAAACCCCUCCUCUCCAUUGGCGACGGGGGUGCAGGGUUCAGCGGUGGCGACCCCUCAGGCUAACCUGGCAGAGGAGGUGGAGCCGAAGGUGGAGGUUAAGAGGGAGAGCCAGGUGGAUGAGGAUGGAGGACACGGGUUGUCGAGCUGUGCUGUCAGCUCCUCAUUCGCCACCUGUAUGAGUAAUGCCACAGCAGUUAAAAAAGAGGAGGAUAUCAGUCUGCACAUCAAAGAAGAAAAUCUGAGAGAUGGACACAGCAGAGAGACACGAAGCGAGAUGGACAGAGAGAGAGGGAUGAAGGAGAACAAUGAAAAGAAGAGAGGCAGAGAGACAGACAGACAGGACCACAGCAUGGGUGACAGCAGCAAAGAGGCUGGACCUCGUUCCCCUCCUCCACCACCCUCAGGUUUGGACCCCCCUCCCCCUCCCCCUGCGGAAAGAGAACCUCCCUCUUCCUCAAAAAAGACCAAGUUUCGACCCCCACCGCUCAAAAAGACACCUGACUCUCUCGACAAGGUCUUGUCGGAGACGUACUUUGAGGAGCGUUUUGCUGAGCUUCCAGAGUUUAACCCAGAAGAGGUCCUUCCUUCGCCCACUCUGCAGAGUCUGGCCACCUCACCAAGAGCCAUCCUGGGAAGCUACCGCAGGAAGAGACGUAACUCCACCGAGCUGGAGCUGACAGCAGAAGACCCCAGCUCCCCAAGGAGGAAGACUCGACGUCUCUCCAGCUGCAGCUCGGAGCCCAACACCCCCAAGAGCGCUGUCAAGUGUGAGGGAGACAUCUUCACCUUCGACAGACCAGGUACAGAAGGAGAGGAUCUUCUAGGAGAUUUGGACCGGGUCCCCUACUCGUCUCUGCGUAGAACUCUGGAUCAGCGCCGUGCCCUGGUCAUGCAGCUGUUUCAGGAACAUGGCUUCUUUCCCUCAGCUCAGGCCACUGCUGCCUUCCAGGCACGUUACUCGGACACCUUCCCCACCAAGGUGUGUCUGCAGCUGAAGAUCCGCGAAGUCCGUCAGAAGAUCAUGCAGACGGCCACGCCCGGAACCCUCGAACUUGGAGGGUCAGCCGAAGCCAACCUCGCCCCGCCCCACAGCUCCUCUUUCAAUCAAUCAGCCCGGGAGGACGGAGGGGCGGAGCAGCAAGGAGACAAAGGCCGAAGCCCAGAGGAGCCGAAAAGUGAAGGAUCCUAAGCUGGAGUGGAAAAAUCAAGGAAAAGAAGAAGAGAGAGAGGAGUGUGUCAUCCCCGCAGAAUGGUCUUGUAUGUGUUGAACCAGUACUAUGAAUGGCUCCAGCGGGAUCCGUUUUAGUGGCACUAAUCUCCACCAGACCUGGGCAUAAAUACAUUUGAAUGUGGUCACAAAUAUUCAAACUACUCAAGGUGCGCUUGAUUUGUCUAAUCAGACAUUCAAAAAAAAAGCCUCUAAAGUGGACGAAUCACAUGCAAGUCCUGAUGAGUCAAGUGCUUCUUGUAGUAUUGUUUUCCUUUUUUUUUUCAAGUAUCCAGAAUAUUUUCAGCUAACACUUUGCCCAGGUCUGCUCUCAGCACAUUUGUACAAUAGUUUGUAGUUUGACACACAAACUCUGUGGUACACGCUCUCUAUGUCUCUGGCACACACACACACACACACACACACACACACACACACAAGCCAUGGUGCAUAUGUAAUCUCCAGCAUGCACAUUAUCCCACAUAAACACACAUGCACACAUAUACACACACACACACCCUUACCAAAUCAGACUGUUACUCUUGGUUGGCAGUCCCCAGGAGCCGCCACCAAGGACCAUGACACACAAAGGCACUUUGUCACUUAUUGUGCAGAUGCAGUUUGCUGUCGCCAGCCAGCCAGCCAGCCAGCCAGCCCUCAGAUGCCAUUGACUUGACCUCCUUCUCGCCCUUCCACUCCUCAGCACAGUGGUCGGGACACAAACACAACCCCAACGACCUCCACUAAUAUUCCACAGCCCCUCGAUGCUGCAAGACAGACAGCACACACACACACAUAUACAGUACACGCACACAAACAAACACAAACAGUGCAUGGACACAUCUGUGCAGUGUGAGCACUCGUACACAAACAUAGUCAAACCUGGUCUGACCAAGCCAUUGGCCUGCACAGUUUUUAGUGAUUGUAGUGAGAAGAGAAACUGAAAGCAUGAACUCUAUUCGCUCCUGAAAAACAAAAUGAAGGCAGGAGUUGGGAUGUAGUGUGACCAAUCUUUGCACCUUCAGUUAUUGCCAUUAUGAAAGACUGAGUCCUCAUUGGUGGGAGCUGAUUAUAUAUGUCUGUAUGUCCGUUGGGGUCUCCUCCCCUCAAACCUGUUUGAACAGGCACCGUAAAGAGAUUAUGUAAAGAGACUAUUGGUUGUGAGGCUUUGAAGAAUCCACGUUAAGUUCGACACUGACUGGCUCCCAACAGAGCACAGAGAAAAGCCAGAAGAAGAAACUGGAUGAUGUUCAUUAGAUGGAAGAUUCAAAUUCCAACUAAAGGAAGACAGAUAAUAAUAGUGAAUAAGGACAACAACAACAACAACAACAUGACAAGCUUACCAACAGAGAGAAAGAGUAGAAUUUUAACCAAACUUCUCUGAAUCUCCCAGUGGAUAUAAUGUUGCUUUCUCUCGUUAUUGUUGCCGUGGAAAUAACCAGUUUUACCGUGGCCUGUUUUUCUCUCGUCGCUCUAUUGUGUUUCUUCUCCAGCAUAAAAAAAUCACAACAAAAAAAAACUUUGGACAAAGGGGACAAAAUCAGUCUGUGGCUCCCCUACUUUUACUUGUACCUGGGGCGGUUCUCCCCCCCCUUCCCUCCUCUACGAUUUCUCACCAGACACAGAAGUGGGGGAGCAGGGGUGUUUGUCGUUUUGUAAAACGCAGAAAUCAGGUGUUUGCACAAUUUGUGCGGCCCUUCUCGUCUGGGACCGCCGCAAGUAAAAUCAGGAAAGUAUUGUUUUUAGAGAUUGUUUUAGUAGAAAAAAUAAUAACCUUGUUCCGUAUGUUAUCCACCUUUUUCCUCCCCUCGUUCGCCCUGCUUUUUCCCUCCUUUCAACUAAUUUCUCCUCAGUCCUCUCCUCCCUUCUUUACCUCCCUCCUCACCCGUCUCCCUUGACCCCUCAAGUGUUGUUAGAAAGUGCCCUUAAGCACUGGUCCCGGGUCAAGCGCUAUGUAGCUCAGGAUGGAUCUGGUUAGGGUUAGUUCAGGGAAAGCAGAUCCUAGACCAGCCCUGGAGGGCAGUCUCUGGAGCCCUCCCCUCUUCCCUCUCUUCUCGACACUUUAUCCUUUCCCGUCAAAUGGUGCAAUAGGACAUUUAUUUUUUUGGAAAUGGGUGGGUUAUUCUGUUUUCGGGGGAAGGCUCUGUGCCAUAGAUAUUAAAUCCAGUGCAGUGAGUCAGUGAGAGGAAUGAUCUGUUGUGAUACUAUCUUUAACUAUGGUUUAAAACAAAACAAAAAAGAAUCACACAAUUAUUGUUAUUGUUGAAGAGAUAGAGGGUAUAACUUACUAAAAGUCAAAGACAAUUUUGAAUAGCACUUUUUGACUCUUUGCUUCCUUGGUGAAGAGUGGGGGUAGUUAUUAUUAUGGGUAUCUCUUUUGUUUCUCUGUAUACAGUUGGAUGUGUGAAAAAAAUAUAUAUACCGGUAUUUCCAUAUAUGUGCAUUUAGGUCUGUGUUUGGGUGUGUGUGUAUGUUUUGGCACAUGCAGGUUUGUUAACACAACCAACCUCUUGUUCUUUCUCCACACAGCAACAUUAUCAAUAGUAUAUUUUUCAUUGUAUUCUACAUUCUAUAUUCUACUCUAGAGACAGUAUUUUUAUAGUCACCAUGACUAUUUUGUCUGCCAUCUUGACUGUUAUCAAACCCAGUUGAUUCAGGAUAUAUAUGAAAUAUAUAUUCAGGAUAUACAAUAUAUAAAUAUAUAUAUAUAAAUACUCACAGGUAAUAGAAGACUAUCAAUUCACAUCUCUUUGGGGUUAGGGCUGUAAAGUGUCCAUCUGCAUGCAUGUGCAAUCACAUGCACACGUGCACACACCCACACAGACAUAUGUGCAUACACACACAUGUAUGCGUGUACACUGUAUGAUUGUGCUUAAAAAUAAACUGUCCUUACUUUGGAGAAGGAAUUUUAGGAUGAGCGAAGUGAGUGUUAUCUCAUAAGCAGGCAUGUUGACCAUGUGCAAUAUUUCUAAACAACAAAAAAACUAAAUAUUGAAAAUAUUAAAGAUCUAACACAAUA